UUUGAUAAGAAGCUCAGAAAAAGGCAGCAAAAAGAAAGAGCAAAAGAAAAAGAAAAAGAGAGAAAAAUGUCUUCUCUGCUUCACUCUCACUCGCCAUGUCUUCGACGCUCGAGUUUCUUCCCAAGCGAGCUCCGCUCUAGAAUCCCGGCCUCCCAACACGGCGUCAAAUGCAGUGUGGUGAGGGAUUCGCUCAAGUGCGAGAACGGCAAGCCGUACUCUCCGUUUAUCGCCGGCGAGCCUACGACGCCGAGUCGUUUGCCUUCGAGCGCAGCGCAUUUGGAGCACGACACCCGCCUCCGGAUAUUCUCCGGCACGGCCAAUCCCGCUCUUUCUCAGGAAAUUGCGUGCUACAUGGGUCUGGAGCUUGGAAAAAUUAAGAUAAAACGUUUUGCUGAUGGCGAGAUAUAUGUUCAGUUGCAAGAGAGUGUCAGAGGGUGUGAUGUUUAUCUUGUGCAACCCACAUGUCCUCCCGCAAAUGAGAAUCUUAUGGAGCUUCUGAUAAUGAUUGAUGCUUGUCGGAGGGCAUCAGCCAAAAAUAUUACUGCAGUGAUUCCAUAUUUCGGAUAUGCCAGGGCUGAUAGAAAGACACACGGGCGUGAAUCAAUUGCGGCCAAACUUGUAGCAAAUUUGAUUACGGAAGCAGGCGCAAACCGUGUUCUUGCUUGUGAUCUCCAUUCCGGGCAGUCCAUGGGCUAUUUUGAUAUUCCAGUAGAUCAUGUAUAUGGUCAGCCUGUGAUACUUGAUUACCUUGCCAGCAAGAGUAUAUAUUGUGAUGAUCUGGUGGUGGUCUCGCCAGAUGUUGGUGGUGUUGCUAGAGCCCGUGCUUUUGCCAAAAAGUUAUCUGAUGCGCCUCUUGCCAUUGUUGAUAAAAGGCGUCAUGGACAUAAUGUCGCAGAGGUGAUGAAUCUGAUAGGUGAUGUGAAGGGGAAAGUAGCAGUUAUGGUGGAUGAUAUGAUUGACACAGCUGGGACUAUUUCCAAAGGUGCAGCUCUUUUACACCAAGAGGGGGCGAGGGAAGUCUAUGCAUGCAGUACACAUGCUGUUUUUAGUCCUCCUGCAAUAGAGAGGCUGUCGAGCGGUUUGUUUCAAGAAGUGAUCAUAACAAAUACCAUUCCGGUGUUGGAGCAAAACUAUUUUCCUCAGCUAACAGUCUUGUCAGUAGCAAACCUCCUGGGGGAGACCAUAUGGCGUGUUCAUGAUGACUGCUCUGGUGGCUUUGAACCCUAUUCCAGCUUGGGUAUUGACUGAGGGAUUUGUAUUGGUUGUGUGCCUUUCCCAGCUUCCAUUGCUGUUGCUUGCUGCCUUGUUGGUAUUAGAAUCAAACUGUAAUAGUGAAGAGAAGAAUCCCUGCCUUUUCAGCUUGUUACCAAAGCUUUGUACAGUCGAGUUUUACUGAUAGGUUCUUUUCAAUAGAUUGAGAACUUUUUUGUGAUAGAUUCCCAAUUCAUCAAGUAUAUUUUGAGACAGUGGCGAAUAGUGUAUUACAUGCAUAUAAUAGUAAUUGAAGUGUGAUGGUAUUACAUACAA